AUGUUCCAGAGCACGAACUCGUUUCAGCAACCCGCGCCGAAUGGAGGCCCUCAGGAGCAGCGCAACCAGUUCCAGCACUCGCACUCACAUUCUGUUCAAUACAAUGGCUCGCCCUUCUCCGUCGCGGGCAUGAACACCAUGACGAACCUCAAUCAGUCUACGACCUCGCCUAACGUCCGCGGCGGAUCCAUGGGCAUGAACAUGGGCUCUUCGCUCGGCAUGGGCUCCCAACUGGGCGACAGUCUUUCCCAGUCAAGGAGCCACUAUCAAUCGGGUUACCUCAUGUCUUCGCCUCCAGGGCUGCGUGACGACCCUCCGUUGGUAGCUACGAAAGCCAAAAUGAACCACUCGUUUACGGGAAGACCAGGGUCUGACUUCGGGAUGGAUUCUAUGUUCGAGAGCUCGAGACAAAGGACACGACAAAACAUGGACGACGAGGAUGCGCCACCCAUGGUCUCCGUUAAUGACAUUGUGAACGAAGUUCCCGAGCCGUCGAGGUUCUCCAAGAGGAGUUCUGUCGCUGCUUCUCAGAGCCGAACAUCUCUUUUCCGCUCUGCACAACCAACGACCCCAAAACCCGCGCCCAGCACCCAGCACAAUACCACCCCUCUGCAAAUCGUAGUUUUUGGAUACCCUCAAGACAAAUACAGCGUCACGGUCGAGUACUUCCGCUCUCUCGGCGAGUGCACCGACGUCGAGCAGAGCGCAGAGGUUCUCAACUGCUUCCGCAUCGGAUACUACAACGCAGCGUCCGCCCUGCGCGCGAUCCGCAAGAACGGCGAGAUCCUCGGCGGCUCGUGGAUGGUCGGCGCCAAGUGGGCUGAUGCAGCGCAAGCGGAGGCGCUCAUCGGCUCGCAGCUCGUGCGCGGCUCGCUGAGCUCGCCCGACUUCGGCGCGUCGAGCCCCGAACACGGGACGCCUUCGCCAGGACCGUCGGUCUCGUUCGCACCGUCGAACUCGCGGAUGAGCGUCGACGACUUCGACAUGCACUCCGCGCCGUCGACGCCGACCGUUGGGACGCCGAUCAAGCUCGCGCCGUCCACGUCCGCGUUCCGUCGCCCAGGCGCGGGCGCUCCGGCUGCCAUCCCAGCCCCGACGGCGCUCCUUCCUGCAGUUCCUCCUGGCGGCGCGCAGAUGUCGCCGUCGAAGGGCAUGCUGGGCCAGGUCUCGGAUCUUAUCUUCGGUUGGUAG